CGACUGAAUAUUUAUUGUAGCAACAAUGCCUUUUCAAGUUUCGCGCGAUCGCCAGAGGGCAGUGGCGCUGCACAUGCGCACAUCGCUCGAGAUAUAUCGAUACUCGAACGUUGCUACAUUCGGUUGGACAAUUUGUCAACUGUCAGUUUGUUCAAGUUUGUUUAUGUUUGCGCAAAACAUCAUUCGUCGUGUUCGGUCUUGUCGGCGCCGACAACAGUAAAAAGUGGAAAGAAAUGCAGUAUUCGUGCAGAUCUCUUGCAACAAAGAGAAAAUACUUACAUCCCGGCGUCAAGGAUAAGUCGUCCAAAAAAAUCGAAGUCAACACCGCCGGCAAGAGUGUCUCCCUCGUCCGUCGGAGGCUUAGGUCCCUAAUGAGUCUGAUUUGCAUCCGAUCCAUCCCAACUGCCAAUAAAUUAUUUAGAGGCGGCCGAGCCUCGCGUAAAUAUUGAACUUCGAUCGGCAAACUUGGCAGAUAAGAUAGCGCGUGCUCCGAAUGAUUCUUAUCGACCUGUGAAGGUGGCAGAAAAAAUUAUCAGUCUCUGGGAGAACGAGUAGCGGGUGUUGGGCGUUUUUUUAACCGUCCAGUACGAUGAUACGAUUGAAAGUGGUUGUUCUGGUGAUCGCGUGUGCGCAUUUCGCAGCUUCCGAUGGUAACACGCAGCAGGGCGUCAAAUUCUCGUACAGAGGACCCCUAGCCUCGGCGUUCACUCCCUUCAACAACGACACAGCUCGAACUCUGAACCUAUCCGUGAUCCCCAAAUACGCCGAGUUCCUAGCAUCGAAAAACGUCUCCGGCGUUCUCGUCGCUGGUACCUACGGACAAGGCACUGCUCUGAGCAUCGAGGAGAGAAAGAAACUGGCCGAAGCUUGGCUUUCAGUCGUCGGGAAAACUAAGCAGCAUUUGAUGAUUCACGUUGGAGGUGCAUCGUUACGAGACGUAAAAGAACUCGCUGCGCACGCGGAGAGCAUCGGUGUCGAUUCUUUGCUCGUUCGGCCGGAAUUGAACGCUACGUCAACAGAGGAGAUAACCAAUUAUUUGGAGCUGGUGUAGAGAUCCGCUCCGACAACGCCUUUGAUUUUCUACCAGAAUCCUCUGUUCAAAGUUAAACUUGACGUGGAAUACUUUUUGACGAAUGUGGGAAAGAAGGUGCCAACGUUCGCUGGCAUGAAGCACGUUACGGAUGACCUUGAAGAGCUCAAAACAGCUUAGAGACUUAGACAAAAUUACACGAUUUUUAUCGGGAUGGACGCGCAAAGACUGUCCGCCAUUGUCGCUCCAGAGCUGGUCCCUAAAGCUAGAGAAGCUCGAGUCGUCGCAGAGAUAGAUCGAUACGGCGACGACACGGUAACCAUGAAAGUCGCGACCAGCAUGGUAGCCGACCUACCCCUGGGUCCACCUCGACCCCCCUUAGAGAUCAUACCCCAAGAAAACGUGAAGUCCGUGGCGAGGGAACUGAAGAAGAUGAGUCUGCGGAUCAACGAAGUCGCCGUCUUGAGCAUGUACUAAAGGCAAGUAAUAAUACAAAAUUUGUAUAUAAAAUGUAAAUAACGCUGAUGCAAGAGUAUAAAUAAACGUACAUUAUACACCUGCG